CCCGGCCCCUCGCCGGUGCGGGGGAAGCGCGGGGGGGUGGCAGGCGGUAGAAAGGGCGGGCGGCCGAGCGGGGAGGCGGCAUUUGCGCGGAGCAGCAUCGCGCAAAAGGGCUGGGCCCCGCCGGGGACGCAGGGUGCCAGCAUGGCUCUGGAUUUCCUGGCGGGAUGCGUCGGCGGUGCUGCUGGAGUGCUGGUAGGACACCCAUUUGACACUGUUAAGGUUCGCCUACAAGUUCAAAAUGUAGAGAAACCUCUCUACCGUGGGACCUUCCAUUGCUUUCAGUCCAUCAUAAAGCAAGAAUCUGCUUUUGGACUCUAUAAAGGUAUUGGGUCACCAAUGAUGGGACUUACCUUCAUUAAUGCACUUGUGUUUGGUGUACAAGGAAACACACUUCGAGCUCUCGGAAAAGACACUCCUUUAAACCAGUUCCUUGCAGGGUCGGCAGCAGGGGCUAUCCAGUGUGUCAUCUGCUGUCCCAUGGAGUUGGCAAAGACGAGAAUGCAGCUUCAAGGAACAGGUGAAUACAAACAAAAAACAAAGAACUACAAAAAUUCUCUGGAUUGUUUGAUCAAAAUCUAUCAAAAGGAAGGGCUGAGGGGUGUCAACAGGGGCAUGGUCUCUACGUUCAUAAGAGAGACUCCAAGCUUUGGCUUUUACUUCCUGACCUAUGACUGCAUGACCAGGUAUUUAGGCUGUGAAGCCGAAGACAGUUAUGUUAUUCCCAAACUGCUGUUUUCUGGGGGGAUGUCAGGAAUCGUGUCCUGGAUCUCAACCUAUCCUGCGGAUGUGAUCAAAUCCCGGCUCCAGGCCGAUGGAGUCGGAGGCGUUACACAGUACAAUGGCAUUUUAGACUGCAUCAGAAAGAGUUACCAUGAAGAAGGCUGGAGGGUGUUCACCAGAGGUCUUACUUCUACACUUCUCCGUGCUUUUCCUGUCAAUGCAGCUACCUUUGCUACUGUCACUGUGUUCCUAAUGUAUAUGAAGUCAGACGACAACCUUCGUGAUUGUGAACCAGGUCCAGUAAUCCAGCAGCCUUCCAGUUUGUGAACCUUAUCUGUUUGGUCUCCUGAUCCAACACCUGGCUGGUUGGGUUUUUUAAAAUGUAAAACAACUUGACCCACACAAGUGAUGUAAAAUUAUGCUAUCUGUAUAAAGAAUUCCUAAAUGUGUCAAAUUAGGAUUCCAUUUCAUUACUUGUAUAAACAGCAUAUUGCCUUAUUAAGGACUUCAUAUCUAGUAGCAUCCAAGUAAGAUGAUGGGGACCUGCCUUUAGAAAGUACUGUACAGUUAAUAUUGUGGGUCCAGAAGAGGAUCUGGAGGAUAUCGAAGCACCAGAAAUCAGGUUUUCUUCCACCCCUGUUCUGAAUGACUGAGCUGAGUUGAACAUAGCAUGUUUUCAGGAAAGAAAAGGUCUUUUUGUAUGUAGAAGGAGUAAGUAUAGUCCUCUAUGGUGAACUAGUGGAAGGAUAUUGAAUGUUGGAGACAUUUUGCAGGUAACCCUGAACUGUUCAAGACAUGGACUAGCAUUCAGAUUGCCAUGUGUUUUAAUUUUCCUCUGCUUUUAUAUGUCAGUGGUUUUAGUAGCAUCUUUGUUCAUAAUAGCUUGAUAAAAAAAAAAUAAAAUUCUUAAGUUACUCCCUUACCCUUACCUUUCAGCUUUGAAUAAGAAUCUUAAGCAAACAAACCUAGCAUCUACACUUAUAGACUUGUUCCUUUAAAUUUCAAGACUUGUAAAGGCUUAGGAAAACUCAAAGCUAGUAAGAUUGAUGUUACUUGCCUUCACUUUUUGUUUGAUGGGUGCAGAUUGUAUUGACUAGGUUCAGCUCAGGUAGACUGAUCUCUGAAGUUAAUGCAACUUUUUUGUGCCCUUUCUCCCAGCAUGCCCCAUAGCAGCCAGUGAUGUACCGAAGUCAAAGUCCUACCUGUGGUAUUGCACAAAAUGUUUGUGGGUGCAAUGUUAGCUUAGCAGCUUGAAGUACUGUAGGAACACAUACAUAUUCAAAACUGGAGGUUUCAUACCUGGUUCAGCCCAUAGAGGUGGUGAAAUGGUUGGUGUACAAUACGCUUGCAUUAUGAAUUUACACAAUACUGAUUUUUAUGUAUUUAGUUACAGUGCUAUUGGAAAGAAGAAUGAAAAGGUUUUUGGAGAAUUUUCUUGUUACAUUAAUUUAGUGCAAGAGGAACUGCAUUAGUUGAAGAGCUAUAAAUAGCUAUUUAAGAUACAAAAUAAGAACUACACAUAUUUGGCACAAAUAGCCAUGAAGAAGUAGUCUGUGUGUGUGAGGAAAUAUAAAUAAAUAUUCUAAAAUAUAUCAAACUAUUUCAUUCAGUACAACUUGUUACACUUUCAGAUGGGACAAGUGCAAUAUGUGCUUAAUUUAUAUGAAUUUUCUAAAAAAAUUAUUUCAUAGCAGUUUGCACUGUAACAAAAUAUGCUGGAGAAACCUGUAAAACUGGUAUGUCUUUUUAUACCUUGGAGGUAUGUUGGAUGUUUUAGUGCCUACUUGCACUGAGAUUCAAAUUGAAUGUUAAAUCUGUAUACAAAGCUGCAUAUGCACAACACCCCACAGCAAAGACCAUUUACACCUUUGUACAGUAGUUAUUGUAUAUGAAACUGAGGGAAUAAAUUUUUUAAAAAUUU